GCCACUGUCACCUCAGUACGCCAGCUAACUGCGCCGCUGCCAUCCCGCCCCAAGCGAAUCCAAUGCCCGCCGCCGCCUCGCCUCUCCCCCUCCCCCUCCCCCUCCUCCUCCUCCUCCUCCUCGCCGUCGCCGGCACAACCGCUGCGGCGGCGGGGGCGGGGGUGGGCGUGAGCGGCGGGGGCCAGCUGUGGUGCGUGGCGAAGAACAACGCGGAGGACGCGGCGCUGCAGGCGGCGGUGGACUGGGCGUGCGCCCCGCCCCCCGCGGGGGGCGCCGACUGCCGCGCCAUCCAGCAGGGCGGCGCCUGCUACGACCCGCCCGACCUCCUGGCCCACGCCUCCUACGCCUUCAACGACUACUUCCUCCGCGCCGGCGGCGCCCCCGCCGCCCCCGCCGCCUGCGACUUCUCCGGCGCCGCCGCGCUCACCGCCCUCAACCCCAGCCAUGGGAGCUGCAUGUUUCCUUCCAGCACAUCUCCAAAAAAUGGCAGCUUCACAGGAACAACAACUUAUGGUCCAGCUGGUGCAGAUUUGAGCCAAAGUUCUUCCAGGCAACUGAAUUUGUGGCCACUGUUAUUGUGCAUAUGUUUGUCUGUAACACUUUUUGAUGCCUUCCCUUCUGAUAAAUUUUCCUAAACUACUGUCUGCAAGUAUAUGAUGAACUACUAGACUGCAGAAAUGCAAUUUGUUGUAGUGGUUGAAGCAUAUUUUCUUUGCCAAUCUGUGUAGAGAAAAAGAACAUUCUCUCCAA